AUGCUACCACCAGCCAUCCAGGAUUUUCUGGACUUAUCAUUAGAUCCAGACUUCGAUGGUGAUCCAGACCUUGACGGUUAUCAGGCUGAUACCAGCUGUAUCAAUACAAAUGAUUCCAUUCAUUCCACUCGAUCUAGUACCCCCUUCAUGACUUUGUCUGACGAUCUACUCUCCAAUCCUGCGUGUUGGCCUACCUCCCAUGCUCUCAGGAUUCGGGCACGACUACUGUCACUAAUGGAAUUACCACAUGUACCUACAACCAAACCUCCGCAAAAUGAUCCGAGCAGCAUCACAGAGCCUGAAAGUGAUGUUGAAGAACCACUGAUCAAGCUUAUUCCCCCGAAAGAUGAUCUGAGCAGCGUCACAGAGCCUGAAAGUGGCGUCGAAGAACCACUGAUCAAGCUUCUUCCCCCAAAAGAUGAUCCGAGCAGUGUCACAGAGCCCGAAAGUGAUGUCGAAGAACCAUCAAUCAGCGCAACCAUCACCCCCAAGAAGAAAAGCUUCUUUGACACACUGAGCCCCCCAGGACUGGACUCAUUAUAUUGGAAGUAUGUAAGCCGAGAAGAGGAUGCAAAGUGGAACGAUCAUGCGCAUACCGAUGAAAGUUUUGAUGCAGUACAUCAAAUCAAGAAAGAGCUCGCAGACCUUAGUUAA